AUGAACGCCCUUCUCGAAGCCUUAAGGGCUAUUCCCCCUCAACAGAUGGAUCCUGCCGCUCGACAGAGUCAUCAUUUUCAAGUCUUUCAUCGAAUCCAAGUGCCUGAGUUUGAGGGUGGACAAGAUCCCAUGGUAGCUGAAAGGUGGUUGAGGCAAAUAAAGAAAAGUUUCAACACAAUAGGAACACUUGAGGAAUAUCAAUUAGAGGGUGGUGCAGCAGAUUGGUGGGAGACCUUGUCCAGGACAAUGGAAACUGAUGGGAUGACUUGGCGAGAAUUUGAGGAAGUUUUCAGGGAACAAUAUUUUAGUCCAUCUCACAGGAGGGCUCUUAUUGGAGUAUUUGAUGGUCUAAGACAAGGGGAUAUGACUGUGAAUGAAUUUUACAUGAAGUUUUUAGAGCUAUCCUCUUAUGCAUAUCCUGGUGUUGUUGAUCAACCCUUGGUGAUUGAACAGUUCAUGCGUCGUUUGAGGCCUGCGAUACGUGGUCCUAUAGCCCCUUUGACCUUUAACAACCUGACUGAGUGUGUGACAGCAGCCUUGCGAACUGAGGCUCAUGUAGAAGGGAAUGAGAAGAAGAACACAAGCAGAGGAAGAGGAAAUGACCGAAAGAUAACCAAGAAGAAUCAAGGACAGUGUUGUGGUCAACAAGGUCAUAAGAAGAAAGAUUGCCCGCAACGACAACAAAGAUUUCAAGCAUCUCAUGGAGGACCCAUAGGGAGCUAUGUAGAGUCUACUCCUUUUCAUGGACAGCCCAGGACAAACCAGUCUCAGUCUUCGUCCUAUGGUUUCACACCCCAAUCGGGCCAGCAGUCUCAGUAUCAACAUCAGUUCAGGCCAUAA